GGGAGGGAAAGAGGAGGAUCGCCGGCUGCUGAAAAGUGAACUAGCUGCCGUGGAAAUGAGUAACGUGUUGACUGGGCCCGUUCUUCUUUGACCUUCGUUUAAACUGAGGAUUAGCCGUCUCAUCAGAGCUCCUGGUGGAAAGCCAAGGCUUGUUUUGCCUGAGAGCAAACUCUUAAUAGCGGAUUGGGAAGGAAACUGGCCGCUCGGUCCCCCAGAGGAAGCUUUUCUGCAUAUCUCCUUUUGGCAAGGAACUUGAAGCGAUUAAAAAGUUAAUUUAUUUGGACCGACUUCAAGAAAAGAGAAACGCACCGCAUUUCCACUUCCUGCUGUAAUGCGUUUGGAUCGGUUCUAUAGCUCAGCCCGGGAGCGUGCUGUUUAUCUACCUGGAUUCAGCACAUCAAAGGACCCGAGAGCGCGUUGAUGAUCUCCGCCGUCUCAGGCAAUGGAGCCUCGUAGGAGAGUUAAGCUGAGCAAGCUGCAACCUCACGCGGGCCCUCCUCCAGCCGCCGCAGACGAAGGGAGACGGAGCGGCAACGCGACGCGGACCCGUGCCGAGGAGGCCUCAGGGGAGGCGCUUCCGAUUGGACGGCCCGCGGCGGCUCGCCGUGGUCCUUCGUCCGCGGUACGCCGGUGGCCAUGGCGACGGAGUGUUUCCACAGCGGUCGGGCUGUCGUUAGCCGGGCUGCUGGCGCUGGCUCAGGCCUGGUGCGUCAACGCCAUACACGAGAAUCUGCUGUGGUUCUCUCAGCUCACGGAGAUGGAGAGGGAGAUCUCCUUCCGGACCGAGUGUGGACUCUACUACUCCUACUACAAGCAGAUGUUGCAGGCCCCGUCCAUACAGGAAGGGCUGUCCGAAUUGAUCCAUGACAACUUGACAGAAUCCAAGAGGACCAUCAAUCUCCUGCAGCGGAUGAAUAUCUACCAAGAGGUCUUCCUCAGUGUUCUCUACAGAUUGUUGCCCAUACAGUCCUAUCUGGAGCCCGUGUAUUUCUACAUUUACACGGUGUUCUCGCUCCAAGCCGUGUACGUGAUCGCUCUGUACCUCACAGCGUGGCUGCUGUCGGGUUCGUGGCUGGCUGGCACGCUCUCAGGGGUCUGGUACCUACUCAACAGGGUGGACACCACUCGGGUGGAGUUCACCAUCUCCCUCAGAGAGAACUGGUCUCUGCCCUUCCUGGCAUUGCAGGUCACCGCCAUCACCUGUUACCUCCGGCCUCAGCUCACCGCCUUGCAGCAGAAGGUGCUGGUGUGGUUGAUGUACGUGACGACGUUCUGCUUCUGUCUCACGUGGCAGUUCAACCAGUUCAUCCUGCUGGUUCAGGCCCUCGUCAUUUUCACCCUGGACUGUGGCGAUUUCUUAACCGGUACACAGGUGACCACGAUGUACCUCGUACAAGUGUUCGGUCUGCUGAGUGUGUGGCUGCUGCAGUUCUGUAACUCCAUGAUACUGGGAUCGCUGGUUCUGAGCUUCAUCGUUGCCGCACUCUUCAUCAGACACUGCCAGUCCGGUCUGAAGACGGGAAGCCCGCUGGUCCGUCUGGCCAAACUGCUCCUCCACAGCGCCAUGGUUCUCCUCCUCACCGUCACCAUCAACUACCUGGCCAAGAAAGCUCUCCAACUCAGAUCGGACGAACACAUCUUUAAAUUCAUCAAGUCAAAGCUGGCCUUGGGGCUGACGAGGGAUUUCGAUGCCAGUCUGUAUCUGUGCGAGGAGGCCUUCGGCCGGCUGCCCCUGGACACACUAGAGCGCUUGGGAGGCACACUGCUGCUGUACCCUUACGUGCUCACACUGCUGCUUCUCAGCGCCAUGCUGGCAGCGGCUGCAGUGCACAACCUCAGACCUAAAGGCUGUUCAGCUGAGGAGAGGAAAGGGGGCGGAGAGGAGCGGGCGGCGGCCUUCCGUCCGGAUGUGGCCUACAACCUGCUGCACACGCUGUUCUACGGCCUGCUGGCUUUCAGCACCAUGAGGAUGAAGUACAUAUGGACCGGCCACAUGUGUGCCGUCGCUGCCUACGGUGUGUGUGGGAAGGAGCUGUGGACUCUGCUUCUCAACACUCUCCGUUGCAACAGCAGGGUUCUGUUGCGGUUGGUCAGAUACGCAGUCCCACUGUUGGUGAUGGGUUGCCUGUAUUACAAGUUCUGGCCUAAGCUGAUGGAGGAGCUGUCCGAGCUGAGGGAGUUCUUUGACCCGGACACCGUGGAGCUCAUGACCUGGAUUAGCACAAAGACCCCUAAGAGAGCAGUAUUUGCAGGCAGCAUGCAGCUGCUGGCCGGCAUCAAGCUGUGCACCGGCAGAGUUCUCACCAACCACCCCCAUUAUGAAGAUAAAGACCUGCGGGAGAGGACCAAGCAGGUGUACCAGGUGUACGCUCGCCGGUCCCCGGAGGAGGUCCACAGCAUCCUGCGGGCCAUCGGGGCCGACUAUGUGGUGCUGGAGAACAGCAUCUGCUACGAGAAGAGGCACAGCCGAGGCUGCCGGCUGAGGGACCUGCUCGACCAGGCCAACGGACACAUCAUGGACGGCCCGGGGGAGAAUGACCCAGACCUCGUCCCUGCCUCCCAUCCUCGAUUUUGCGAGGCCAUUAAGACGGAGACGGAGGCUUACGGUGCUCUGUUCACCAGGACGUUCCAGAACAAAACCUUCCACGUGUACCGGGUCAAGAAGAAGAGCAAGAAGAGCUCCAAGGAGCCCAGUGGGGCUCAGUAGAGCAGGAGCAGUGGUUCUGAGAGAGAAAACUAUCCCUGGGAAACACUGAAUCCUCACUGUUCCGCUCUCCCAUUAUUUUUUUGAACACAUGACUCGGUGUUGGAGCGGUCUGCCGACCCGAGCUGGGGGCCGCUCUCCCCUGUGCAGAUGAACAACAACAACAACAACAGCAGCUCAGACGUCGGCAUCAGUUCAGCACAGCGGCAUGAAAUGAAUCUAAUCCGUUCGUAUUGUUUUCUCUGCUCGGCUUUCAGAUGAAAUCAGAUGAAAAAACAAAACUUUAUCAAAUCCAUUAUUAUAGUUAUGCUUUUCGCACAGUUGAGCAACACAACAUGAAUGACUCCAAAGAUUGAAAUUCCACACGUUGUAAUAAAAAAAACUGAAAGCGUGAGCUCUGAUAAAAUUCUUCAGAAGUAGAAACUGAACCGGAGACAUCUGGCGAUUCCAGGGACCAGUGAGUAGGAUUUAGAGGUGUCUGUUGUCACACAUGAUGUAUAACAGGGAAAACCAGCUUUCUGUUUGGUGUGUUUUCAUUAGCUUCACAGACACGUCCAGCCGGCGAGGACAAACCACACUCACAGAGCAGCUGAAGGCUCGUCCUUUAAGAGGUUUUUUUAGACAUAAAACGUGCCGUUUUAUUUUUUAGAAUUGAUCUUCCUUGUUCUAAAACGGCAAAAAAAAUAUUUCUUACUCUUAACAUUUGCAACAGUUCCAACUUUCUGGGCAGUUGAGUAGUUUAACUACAUUAGUGGAUCAGUUAGUGGGCAGAGACUUGGGAUUGGAUGAGAAAACAAUUGAGUGCCUCGAGUUCAGCAGCCGGGAUUCUUGGGGUACUUUUCAGAGAUUUUUUCGUUGUUGCCAUGAAUCUCACUACAGAAACUUGCAGGUCUGCCAGCAGCCGGCCGCGGGCACAGUCACCGCUGAGCUCCCUCUUUCGGCAAUAGAUGAAGAGCUUAUUUAUUGAAAUGAAAACCUUUGAGAGGCGUUCAAAGCCCUGAGAGAGGCAGACCGAAUGGACCCGCACGUCUUUGUCGAUCCAUGAUGUUAGGUGCUUCGUGCUCCGGUGACUAGUGACGGGCUAACUGGUGAACCGCUGUGACACCAGUCAGUCCCCAUAGAUUCUUUCUUCUUCUGUACUGUGCUGCAUGUUGUUCUGUGUGUUGUACAUUAGUUCCUUCAGUAAGGUUUCAUUGAUGAGGCGAAAAGAAGCUUGCUAAAUACCCACUUAGCCUCGAGCGCUACGGUGACUUUCAUUUUGUUUGUUUUGUUUUUUAAGAAGUACCACCGACGUUUGGGAGAACUUUAUAGGAUAGUGAUGGAGGAGUUAAAUAAACGUGCAUGGUGCCAAUCAUCUAAUAAGCUUCUCUAGUUUCCUCCACUGUGGAUUAUUUGGCUCUUUGCUCCCCUAGAAGGUCAGCCCUGUCCGGAUGCUCUACAAAGGGAAGACAUACCUCGAUUCCAUGGAUGUUACGCGAUCAACCCCCAAAACAUCUGGAGUGACAAUUUGUAAAUUGUUGACGUUCACCCUUGACCUUGGAAAGCGUCGGGUCGCUCUGGAUGAGGCUCCUUCCACGAGUCCUGGGCCGACUGCGCGUGCGGCCGAACGUUGUUGUGUCGUGAAAUGCCUUUUUGGAGUCGCAAAUAAACGUAUUCUUUAGGAAUUUCUGAACAUUU